UAUCAGCUGUUUGAAACGUCAUCUAGCAGCGACAACUUCUAAUAUACGUAACUAGUGUGUGUUUUGGAAGCAACGUAUCUACAUUUAUUACUCUUAUCCAAGCACUAUUAAUCCGCCUUCUAAAAUGUGGAACGCCGAAAUAGCGAUACAGUUAAAUAUUUAGUAAUGGCACGUAUAACCGUGGUUCCUGAGCUGAAUUUUAUCGGCCCUUCCCCGAGUGAAUCCGUCUGAGUGGACAAACAAUGGGUCAACAAUUCUCCAGUCAAACGCAAACUGUCAUUAACCGACUGCCUGAGAAAGUGGUGAAGCAUGCGGGGCUUGUGCGCGAGAGCGGCUACCUCACCUACGAUGAGUUCUUGGGAAGGGUAGCAGAACUGAACGAUGUAACUGCAAAACUAGCUUCUGGACAGCAGAAGCAUCUGCUUUUUGAAGUCCAGCCUGGAUCUGAUUCUUCUGCGCUUUGGAAAGUUGCUGUGAGAGUAGUUUGUACUAAGAUAAACAAAGAGGAUGGCAUGGUGGAAGCCUCACGCAUCAUGAAUCUCUACCAGUUCAUCCAGCUGUACAAGGACAUCACCACUCAGGCGGCUGAGGUGCUAGCAGCAGAGGCUGCCACCGAGGGGCCUUCAGGAGAGCUGUCCUCCGUGGCCUCCUGCCAGGCCAGCAUGUGGAUGGGCAGGGUGAAGCAGCUGACAGACGAGGAGGAGUGCUGUAUCUGUAUGGAUGGGAAGGCCGACCUCAUCCUGCCCUGCGCUCACAGCUUCUGUCAGAAAUGCAUCGACAAAUGGAGCGAUCGCUGCCGCAAUUGCCCCAUCUGCCGCCUGCAGGUCACCGCGGCCAACGAGUCCUGGGUGAUGUCCGAUGCCCCCACGGAGGACGACAUGGCGAGCUACAUCCUCAAUCUGGCUGAUGAGGCGGGCCACCCACACAGACCAUGACCGUCACUCAUAGGCCUCAAAGCAUUUACUGUUUCAAAUGCUAAAGGGGCAUCAUCCCUGCAGCAAGCAUCCCUUGUGUUUCCGUGGCAAUACGUUUUGAUGGAGUUAUUUUUAAGGAGCAAAACCACUUUUUUUUUACUGAUUAAACCAUUUGGCUCACAUAAGGAAAUGUCACUGCAAUGAAGGAAAUCAGUCUAUAAUUAUAAAGUAUAUCCUAGUAUUUAUUAAUGAAAAUGUGAUUUUGAUUUGAACAUUUUUGUUUGAAAUGUCACGUAUAUGAAAUGUCACACGCUAUUUCAGAACUGUAAUAUAUUAAGCAGCUUUGCCGGUUACAGAUUUUAACGACUUAAUACACUGAUUUAUAACAAGUGACCAAAUUGCUCAAUUUGCUGUAGAGAAGACAGCUUGUCUUUUUGAUUUGUAACUGUGAUGCUCCCUAGGAGUCAGAGCACUACUGGAAGACUCCUGAUUUGGAGUACUCCUUUAUAAUUAUUCUACUGUAUUACAUAGGCUGCUCAAACUGUCUUUGUUUUAUGACUUUGCACUACAUUGAAUAUUAAUGGUAUUUCAGAUGUGAAAUGGACAGGUUCUCUUUAUGAUUUCUGAGCUGACCUUUUGCUUUUAUUCGUUGUCCAGAAAAAGAAUAUAGGAUCAGACUUAAGAUACAAUUAUUUCAAAGUGGAGGGGUAAAAAUGUCCACACGACAGUAAUCCUGCACGUGUGUAAAAGUGUGUGCGCUUGGAUGCGAGUGAAACUUCCGCUGUGGUGCUUUCAAAGGCUUGUUGAAUCAUGUUCAGCUUCAGCCUUGAUCUGGGGAAGUUCCAGUGACUGAAACCUGAGCUGAUUAAAUGGGAUUUGCAAAUACCAGAGGUGCAUGGAAGCUUUAUUUAAAUUUAUUUUUUAAAAACAUCUUUUUAAAAAAAUGAAAAAUAAAAAAAAGACUUUGAAGGCUCGCUGUUGUAAAUACACUCCUGAUACACGACUGGUCUGGAGAAAUGGGGCGUCUGUCCAAGUCCACUGAAAUCGAUUUGAUGCAGUGUAAUGCCGGUUCGUCUGAAGGAAUGCUGCUCUCGCAUGUGAUCCUUGCUUUCACUGCGGGAUUCUGCAGUAGAUGAGGACUGUCAGCCUUUCCACGCAUUUUCAGAAUCCACAUGGUCUUUCAUUUUAUUCAAGACACUUCGUUAAACUGAGAAUUUAAGUAGUUAUUGGUUAUUGGCUAUUUUAAAAUCAUUUUUGGCUGUUGAAAUUAACAGGGUGACAGUCGAUGGAUAAAUUUACACAUGGUUUUCAUAUUGUUCAAAUUAAUAUAUAAUUUAUUUUAUUUCUUGCAUGUAAAACUGUGUGCUGUGUGUUUUAAAUAGGUUACACUGAUGUUAGUUUGGUUACUUUAAAUACCUAUAUAAAAUGGCUUCACAUCAAGUUCAUUUAAACUGAUUACAUCUACUGGAUGUUGUCGCACGGAAAGUUGCCUCUUGAAUAGAAAAUGUAUAUUUGGGUAAUAUUUUGUUGUUUUUUUGAAAGGGUCUUUAAUAAUGACUGUAUUUUUUAUUUUUUUGAGAAUUUCUUAAAUAGUUCAUCCAAAGCUAAUUAACACUUACAAAUUUAAUUUGCAUCUUGUGAUUCUUUUGUGUGUGUUUCUGUUUAUAUAUGGUUUUACCAAUUUUGAUAUACCAAUAUAUUCCUGUACAUUGUGCAGCCAUGUGUAUGCAGUAUUUCUCUUCUGAAUGGAAAGCGUAACAUUUUUUUAAAAAGUAAUAAAAACACUGGACAAAAUUAUGCAUUAUAAUGUCAAUUUAGUUGAAUCGGCAGGGUAACUGAACCCUUGGUCUAAUGUGAAAAGCAGUAACAAAGACAUGAGUUUGAGUAAAAUUUUGUUCAAGCAGUUGAUGUGUAUGGCCUCUAGGGGGCACAGUUGUCAGGACAGUGAAUUUGUCAGUGUUAUCUCAGUUUGGGAGUAGACUGGUAGCAUGCAUCAUUGGGAUUGUAAACCAAUAAAGAUAAAUUAUAAAUA